UUCUUCGACCGAAACUACCACAAGGGCCUGGACUGGUACAGGGAACUGAUGCCAAAGUCCUCCGAGGGUCAGCUGACCAUGGAGAAGACGCCCAGCUACUACAUCACCGAGGAGGUCCCCGCUCGGAUCCACGCCAUGUCUAAAGACACCAAGCUGAUCGUGGUGGUCCGAGACCCGGUCACCCGAGCCGUGUCGGACUACACGCAGACCCGCUCCAAGAAGCCGGACAUUCCGUCUUUCGAAAGCCUGACCUUCAAGAACACGUCGGCGGGCGUGAUCGACGCGGCCUGGAGCGCCGUUCGCAUCGGCAUGUACGCCAAGCACCUGGAGCGUUGGCUCCAAUACUUCCCCGCGGAGCAACUGCUGUUCGUCAGCGGCGAGCGGCUGAUCAGCGACCCUGCCGGGGAGGUGGCGCGGGUCCAGGACUUUCUGGGGCUCAGGAGAGAGGUCACCGAGAAGCACUUCCACUUUAACCCGGCAAAGGGCUUCCCUUGCCUCAAGCGAGCGGAGAGCGACGGCAAACCCCAUUGCCUGGGCAAAACCAAGGGCCGAACCCACCCCAACAUUGACCCGCAGGUGGUGCAGAGACUACGAGAGUUCUACAAGCCCUUUAACAGCAAGUUCUACCAGAUGACAGGUCAUGACUUUGGCUGGGACUGAGAGCUGCGAGUGCGUGCGAUCUGUUUUUUUUUGUUUUUUUUUUAUACAAUUGUCUCAUCAAAAGCUGUCGAGUAUAUUUGCCAGCUUUGUACAGAGUUCAGAAGUCUAUUUUAUCAUAAUUUAUUGCUAUGAUCUGAAAUUGCUAAGCUGUGUGACCGGGUUUACGCCUGAUCAGGGAUUCCCACUUCUGUCACGUUUUGACUUAUUUGUGUUAACAAUCCUGCCAAAUAUGAAUGCUUAAAAAAAAAAAAAAAAUCAAGUCCAAUAAGUAU